UCUUCAUACGUUUCAUUCCUCUCAGGUAUUCCUGAAACGCACAAUUACACAAUACCAAAAAGAAAUCUUGUUCGCCUCCUUUCUUCUACCAGUCUUCACUACCCAUCGCAAAAACCCUAAUUUUCUCUUCGCACCUGCCCCCUGGAAGCCCUAAUUCCCUCUCCAAUCCUUUGUUCUUCCGCUGUUCUCCACAUCGCUCCUCGAAAACCCGUUUCCUCUUUGCUAUUUUUCUCACGCGAGGAAGAAGCCAUUUUUUGGAUUGAGCGAUUGCGUUUGCGGAACACCUGUGUCCUGCGUAUGAACGAACAAUCUCUAUCUGGGUUAGGGUUAUUCUGCGUUCUCUCUCUUCCCCUGCGGUCGCUUGAUCUUUCCCCGUUCAUGUUUCUCGUUCGUGUUCUCCUAAUGAUGUGUUGAACGAAUUCUGCGCCGUCUCGAACCCUAGGGCCUGGGCUGAUUCCAUAUCGAGUGUGGUAAUCAUACAUGGAGAUAUAUGCGUAGGUGUUAGGGUUUCUGGUUGAGGCGAUUGUUGAGCCGUGGUGCCAUCACUGUAAUUUUGGGUACGGCAUUGGUAUUUCAUUGUUGAACUGGGUUAUAGUUGCGAAGUAGGUUGCAAGAACAAUUCCCUUUCUUUCUUCCCCAUUAUAUAACAGGUGGGUGGAUUCCUGUGUCGUGCCUUCUCUCGAUUCUUCCUUAGGUUGAGGCUAUUAUAGUUUGAGUUUGGAUUGUCUAACAAUCCAUCUGGGUGAGAUGUGGAGGUGAAGAGGGUAUCCAUCACCUCUUUUAUUCAUAAGAUUCGGAUUUCGCACAAUACAUUCCGAUUCGUGGGUAAGUUACAAUUGAGUUUGAGUGACUAGACGGCGGUAGGUGAUUAGAUGAAUGAGAGAACUAGGAUAGGUUAUACCAGUUGUGGGUUUUGUACGGGAAGAAAACCUUUGUUUUUUUUCCUGGGGAUAUGAAGGAAGGUCAGAGAAGUGUUCCUUUUUGUUCUAUCUGAUGAUGUGCAGUCCUAAUGGCAAGAAGUGAACCCUCGUUAGCUCCGGAAUGGUUGAGAACCGCAGGGAGUGCUUCUGUUGGUGGGAGCUUAUCAUCUUCCCCUCAUUCAGAUUCUGCUUCGUCACCGCAUAGUAGCAGGAAUAGGAAUUCUAGUAGCAAAGGUGAUAUCAAUACAAUUCGAUCCCCUUUUCUUGAUCGGUCAUCUUCCACUAAUUCACGGAGAGGUUCUGGUGGGUCUUCAAAACAUGCAUAUAGUAGUUUUAACUUCAGUAGGAGUCAUCGAGAUAAGGAUCGUAGCAGGGAGAAGGAUAGAUUAAGCUACAUGGAUCCAUGGGAAAGUGAUACUUUCCCUUUUGGAAGUGUCUUAACUGGUAAGGAUCAGGAGCAAUUGAGACGAUCACAUUCAACCAUCACUAGGAAACAGGGUGAUCAUCUGUCUCGAGGAUUUGCAGUGGGCUUGAAAAAUGGUGGCCACACUAACCUAUACAAUGAAAAUGGUAUGCUUCCUGGACCUACUAUCGGCAAUAGCUUUCAGAAAAUUGGUUUCGAUAAGGAUUUUCCUUCUCUUGGAACUGAAGAUAGGCAUGGGGGGCAAGAUGUUUUAAGAGUCUCAUCUCCUGGUCUUAGUUCUGCUGUUCAGAGCUUGCCUGUUGGUAGCUCCACUUUGAUUGGCGGGGAAGGUUGGACAUCGGCUUUGGCUGAGGUGCCCAAUGUCAUUGAGAAGAGUGGCACUGGGGCAUUACUGUCCCCUCGAGCAACGGUUGCUACCUCGGGUACUUUAACGGGAACUACUGGUCUUAACAUGGCUGAAGCACUGGUGCAAGCUCCAGCCAGAACUCGUACCCCGCCCCAGGGAUCUGUAAAGAUGCAAAGACUCGAGGAAUUGACUAUUAAGCAAUCGAGGCAGUUGAUACCAGUUGUACCUUCGGCACCAAAGGGUUCGAUUCUGAAUUCUUCUGAUAAAUCCAAGACUAAACAAGUGGUUCGAGCUGGUGAAAUCGGUCCUGCUGCUUCAAGGAAUGCCCAACAACAGCCCACUGCACUGCUCAAUACGUUCCAGUCUAAUCUCAGUGGGCAGACCAAGGCCGACACAUCAAAGAAGCUACUGGUUCUCAAGCCUGCUAGAGAAAAUUGUGUCCCUUCUGUUAAAGAGUCUGCAAGUCCUAGCAGUAAUACCAACACUCGAGUAGCUACUGCCCAGCUAACUGUUACUCCCUCCACAAUAUCUGCUACGGUGAGAAGUACGAAUAGCCCGAAGGAGAUUAAAGGAUCCUCCUUGAGCACGAUAUCGGGGCAAACCAUUGAGAAAAGACCUUCCUCGUCUCAAACUCAGAGCAGGAAUGAAUUUUACAAUGCUCUGAAGCAGAAGAUAUCCACAAACAUCUCAACUGAUCCUGCCAACUCCAGCUCGUGCAUUUCUUCUUCCAAUGAGGAAAAGGCCAACAGUUCUAAGGAGCAGGUAGCUAGUGACCCUUCUAGCCGACAUACUGCAAACGGUGUAGAAGCGACUGAAAAAGAUAACAUCAUUGAAAGGAUCCGGAUUUUGUCUCAGGUGGGAGAGAGGUCUAUGAGGUUUGAAGCAGCAGACACUCCUGAUGAAAAAGAGGCCGAGUUUCUGAGAUCCCUAGGAUGGGAUGAAAACAAUUGCGAGGACGAAGCCCUUACCCAGGAGGAAAUCAGUGCCUUCAUCGAACGGUACAAGAAGCUUGAACCAUCACUGCUGCAGAAGCUAUCCAUUAUACAGCAAGAAACACAGGACAUAACUUCCACAGCGGACUCGUGAAUCACGCUGUUGGAUUCAUUCCUCUAUGGAAGAUAAAUUUCCUUCCCUUGGUUUGUUCUUUCUUUUUGUUCUUGUUUUCUUUUAGUUCUGAGAAAAGAUGGCGACUUUGGCGGCAUGGAAGAAGAAAAAGGGGCAGGACUUUUGCAAGUAAGAGGUGUGGGGUUUGGGUAUUGCCGUACGGAGUCCUGCCUCUGUGGGUGGAAAAGGUUUGACUUUUUUAGGUCUUUUGGUCUCUGAAGCUGCAAUGUUUUGCAUCUUCCUUGGGGUUCUCUAAUGUUUUGAGAUAUAUGUGGGGGAAGAUGCCUACGUGUCGUUUUAUUGAUUAGAUGAUGAAAGAGAGGGAAAAGAAUGAACUAUUUUGUUUUUUUUUUACGCUCUUUUUUGGGUGUAAUCAUUUGAUAUAUUCUAUUAUUAUUUCGUUCUUAUUUAUCAUUGA